AAGGAAAUAUAUGCUUGGAAUGAGCUUGAACCUGGUGAGAUAGAUAUAAGAUCAACUUCUUUCAAAGGUUGCGUUGUACAAGAAUUAAGAAAAAAUGCAUCUUUAUUAAGUCAGGAACUAUAAAAUCUGAUUCUGUUUAGUUAAUUAAAAACAGAUUCUUUUUUGAUGGAAGAUUUAAAUGAAGAAAUUUCUCCGUUAAAAAGGGUCAAGAAAACAAGUCAUUAUAAAAUAGAGCUAACCGAGUUAACUGAGAUUUCCAAAAAGCAUGAAAAUAUUGGUGUAGAAUUUUGUCCAGUUUGCUCCAUAAAGUUGAAUUUUUAUAAUGUUGAUCCACAAGUUCACAUUAAUAUGUGUUUGGAUAAAGAUAUUGAUUUAGCAUCUUGUUUUGAUGAAUCAAAUCAGUUAGUUUUAAAUGAAAAAGUUAUCAGUCCUGGUUUUCAUAAUCAUGAAUUAAAAAAAGUUGUAGUUCCUACUUUGGAAUCAAGUUUUGUAAAUACAAUUGUUACUCCUACUUCUUAUCGCUCAAUAGAUAUUGUUUCUACUUCUCAAUCUCAAUUCAUAAACAAUGUUGUAACUCCUGUUAUUCAAAUACAUGACAUGGUUGAUGCUGUCACUCCUACUUGUCGAUUGCAGCACUUAAAUUACAACAAAGUGGCAGCAGUAGAUCCAAAACAACAGGUUUUCUCCCAGCUAAAGUCAAAAGACUUCAAACAAGCAAAAAUAAAUGAUUUUUUUGAGAGUGAUAAAAAACUGAAUCUACAUAAAACAAAUGAUGAAAAAACAAAUGUUGUUGUUCGCAGAUUUCAGAUAGCACCAUCUGAAACAUCUGGACCUAAUUCGCGCUUUUUUACUAAACAGAGCGUGUCAGUAAAACCAGAAAGAAGAGCUGAAAUGAAAAAAAAUUCCAGAAAAGACUGUCCAUUUUAUAAAAAAAUAUUUGUUGCUAGUAUAAGUGUUGAUGCAUUUUCUUAUGGUGAAAUCCCUGGCUGCAAAUAUUACUUAUUAAGUCAUUUUCACUCUGAUCAUUACAAAGGUUUAUCAAAAAAAUUUUCUGGAAAGGUUUACUGUUCAAAGAUAACUGCAAACUUAGUUAUAUCGCAAUUGCAUGUUUGUCAAGACAAUGUAGUAGUUUUACCUAUGAAUCAAUUAAUUCGAUUGGGUGAUGUGCAUUUAACCUUACUUGAUGCUAACCACUGUCCAGGAUCAGUUAUGUUCUUAUUUGAGUUCAAUAACAAACGAAUUUUGCAUGUUGGUGAUUUUCGAGUUCAUGAAGACAUGUUGAGAAAUGAAAAGCUUUGUAAAAUUCCUAUUAAUGAACUUUAUCUAGAUACAACAUACUGUGAUCCAACCUAUAUAUUUCCACCACAAAAUGAAAUAAUUGAUUUUGUUGUUAAAACUGCACGAAGUUUUCUCCAAAAAAAUACGAAAACUCUGAUUGUCUGUGGUACGUAUACCAUUGGGAAAGAAAGAGUUUUUUAUUCAUUAGCAAAUGAAUUAUGUUUAAAAAUUGGUGUAACAAAAGAAAAAAUGAAGAUUUUAAAGUGCUUAGAAAGUAAGGAUUUGGAGAGUAAACUUACUCUUGACUAUAAUAUUGCGCAAGUACAUGUACUCCCUUUAUUCGGAAUCAAUAUAAAAAAACUUAACGAUCAUAUGGAAGUCUAUAAAAAAUACGGAUACAAUCACAUCCUUGCUUUUAAACCUACGGGAUGGACAUACAAUGCUUCGUUUAAAACUAUCAAUGAUAUCUCUCCUGUUACUAGUGGAAAUAUUACAAUCUAUAGUGUUCCUUACAGUGAACAUAGUAGUUUUGCUGAGCUUAAAUCUUUUGUUCAAGUCAUAAGACCAAAUAAAAUUAUACCUACUGUCAACAAUGGUACUGAGGAAUCGCGUAAUAAAAUGAAUGCGUAUUUUGAGAGCUGGUUAAAAUCAACGUAAAGCUUAAUGGUUUUUAUAAAUUUAUUCCUGCAUGCAAGUUGAUAUGCUUACCCCAUUUUGUUAUUUGAUUGGUGUCGCCCGAUAAAAUUGCGUGCUUUUUAUUUUAAUAAUGCUUGGACACUGGUAUUAUUCAAUAAUAACCACAUGUAAAUAUUUAGUUACAGUAUAAAAUUUAUUGCUUGUAGUGAAAA